AAGAGUAACGUGCGCUCUCGAGUCUCUGCAGGCUUGUAAACAAACCUUGGCUUUUUUCGUAGACGGAUAGAGAUAAACUACAACGACGUUUAUUAUGAAACAGCUUUUGAAGGAAUUCGCUUCUUAUUGAAAAUUUAAAUUUCAAAAAAGACACUGAUGAAAAAUGAUGAUCUGGGAGAAUUUUAUUUUAUAUGGACCAUACUUAAUUAGUGCUAUAGUGGUUCUCUUUACUUAUUAUUUCUUGAAAAACCGUGGACUUCCCCCGGGACCCUUUAGAUGGCCUUUUAUUGCUGCCAUUUCAAAUGACAAAAAGUUGAUGAUCUUUUUGAGGAAUUUAGAAAGAAAAUAUGGCAGCAUAUUUCGAUUUAGAUUAGGAACUCAACACGUGACAGUGGUUGGUGGUCUUGAAAAUAUUAAACAAGUCCUUGAAGAAGAGUCCCUACAACCUUACCGAGAGUGGUCAACGUUUAUCACACCAAUCCAGCCUUCUCAAGGCGGCUCUUUACUGGGAAACGCCGAGCUUUGGAGAACUUUGGAAAAACUGACAGAGGAGACAGUGGAUAACUUUUUGAAGGAGGGGUCCUCUUUAGAGACGACAAUUCUAGAGGAGUUCCGAUUCCUUCACUCGGAACUUUCAGCAGAGAAAUGUCGCCAAAUCAGCAUGCUGAAUAUGAUUAGAGAAGCUGUUUACAACAUUGUAUCGGCUAUUACGAUUGGAGAAAGACUCGAGUUUGACAGACCCUCGUGCAGACGCUUCAAAGAAUGUCUCCAGGAAAUUUCCAAAAGUGGCAAUUUUGGUAUACCGGAGAGUGGUUUAAGUCUUUUGCAACAUCUCUCUUCAACGAAGAGUUCAAAGUUUCGAGAUUCUGUCAAGUAUAUACAAGAGUUCCUUGGACCAAGAUUAACAAAUCACAAAACAUCCCUGAUUAAAAAAGAACUUCUGGAUUUUGUUGAUGUUUGUCUGAAGUACAGCGCCACAGAGAGAAAAGUUGUCAACGAUGAAGACAUUCUCCUGGGGGUGAUCAAUCUUUUUAUCUGUGGAUGUGAACCCACCGUAAGCUUGAUGGCGUGGACAUUCUUAAUGUUGAUACGCUAUCCUGAACUUCAGAAAAAAUGCCGCCAUGUCAUCAAGCUGCAGAUAAAGGAUGAUGGAUGCGUUUCCUGGGGUGACCGACAGAAGCUGCCGCUUAUCCUAGCGACAAUACAGGAGGCGCAGAGAUUCUCUAACCCAGUACCAUACGGAUACCCUUAUAAAGUAUCAUCAGAAUUAGAGGUUGGGGAUUACAGAGUUCCCAGUGGAGACCUACUUCUACUAAACGUACAAUCUUGUCACAUGGAUUAUACGUACUGGAAACGCCCCUCGGAAUUCCGACCAGAAAACUUUAUGGAUUCUGAUGGAAAACUUAUCCGUCACGAAGCAUUCUUGCCGUAUGGACUGGGGCGUCGAACGUCCAACUUUAACAGUUUCACGGACCAAAUUUUGUUUCUCCUUAUGACGAACAUAAUCAACAAAUUUGACCUUCGAGCACCGGAAGAUAAUCCAAACCCUUCGCUAACAGCAGAAGAUAGCUUAAUAAGAUAUCCCAAACCUUUCCACGUGGUUCCAUACCCCACAAAAGAGGGGGAAUAAAUUCCUCUGUCACACUUGUGUUUAUUACUCGUAAGCGCUAUAAUUGUUUACUUAGUGUUGUGCCUAGACAUACUAGUGGGUGAUGCAUUUGAAACAUGACAGAAAAAUCUCAAUUCCGUGAUCCACUGCAUUAAUUUGCAGUCAAUGUGUCUUCUGUACAGCAUUGUUCUGAUAGGAACAGUUGGUGCACGUGUUAAAAAAUUAAAAGAAUGAAAAGAUAUUAUAGUAUGUUGAAGUUUCUUGUCUAUGCUGUUUUUGCCAAAUGUAUCUGGUUGUUAAUAGUAAUUGUUUAUAAAAGGUUGAAGUGCGAACAUGCUCUGUAACUGUUUGACAAGACGUAAUGUUUACAAGACAAGUUGAUAAUAUCCUGUAAUAACCUCCUAUGUAUUAAUUUGAAUAGAAAUAUCAUUAAAACUUCAAAGA